AUGUUCUACUUUAUCCUGUUUCUCGUGUCACAAGUCGUCCUUCUCGCGGCCUGGGUAUCAGGUACCCUAGACCCAUACCAAAAGAAACUCCAAGAGAAGUUACUAGAGGCGAUGGGGGAGACUAAAGUAUCCUAUGGAUUGAAGAAGAGUUUAACUGCCAAGAAACUUAUUGAAGAUGAAAACUUCAGCAAGAUUCAAGAUCAACUGGGCAACCAGCUAGGAAAUGUGUUUGAGAAGGGAGGUCUGGGAGAUGGACUGGGAACUCUGCUUAGCAAGGGCCUGUGA